GCUGUCAACUGCUGUCAAAGAGCUCCAUAAUGGUGCAACGGCUAACUUUCAGACGACGAUUGUCGUACAAUACCAAGUCAAAUCAAAGGAGAAUAGUAAGAACACCUGGUGGCAGAUUGGUUUACCAAUAUGUUAAAAAGCCCAAGAAGAUCCCAAGAUGUGGACAAUGUAAAAGCAAACUACGUGGUAUUCAACCUGCAAGGCCCGCUGAACGAUCACGACUUUGUUAUCGCAAGAAAACAGUAAAGCGAGUGUAUGGAGGGGUGCUCUGCCAUAAAUGUGUUAAGCAACGUAUUGUCAGAGCUUUCCUUAUUGAAGAACAGAAGACUGUGAAAGAACUUAAAGCACAGCAAGCAAGUGCAAAGGGAGGCAAAAGGUCUGCCAAGUAAAUGCUAGGUUAAUAAAUAACUG